CAAUAGGAUUCAGAAUCAUCUUAAACAGAAAUAAUACUGUUUGUAUCUUCGGUAACUUUCUCGAUCUGCAUAUUUUUAUAAUAGAAUAUAAUAAUACAACGGAUUAAUGUUUGACGUUGAGAAGAAGCAUUGAUUAAGUGGCUUAAUACGAAAUCUGACGCAAUAAAUUAACCCAGCAAUCGCGCGCGCCAAAAGAAGAAACGGGGAAACGGAUUUCACAGCGCGGUGCAAUCUACUGGGUUCUCCAGCACAGGUUCCUGUGCGGGUUCCUUGGGGUUCCUGGAUAACUGGUUGCAAUUUAUGAGAAGAUCAAGGAAGGAAAUUGAAUGACGGGAUUUUAGCAUUAAUUAAAUUCCAAGAAAUGUCGGAGUCAGGACAUACGACGAUACGCAGCUCCCCUGAACCUGAUCGCAAAGUAAUUUGUGAUCUUGGGAAUGCCAUUGCAACGCCAAUUUCUCCUACUGCAAACUUACGAUUGCUGACAACGUUAGCAUCCAACUUGAAGAGUGCUGCUGAUUGGAGUAAUAGCAAUAAAAGUCCACGUAGUAAUUUGGAGUUAUUCCAUGAGAUAUCAGAUUCUGAUCCCUUGAAACUGUUGCCUAGGAAAGAAAAGUCUCUUGGACUUUUGUGUAAUAAAUUUUUAAGUCUCUAUCCUUUAAAUAAGGCCAAUGAUGUUCCAGAAGAAAUUUCCUUAGACUGUACUGCCAAGGCACUUGGUACUGAAAAACGUAGAAUAUAUGAUAUUAUAAAUAUACUAGAAAGUCUUGAGAUGGCCUCCAAAGUUGGAAAGAAUCGAUACCGCUGGCACGGGCAAAAUGGUUUAUCUGGUACUCUUGUUAAGCUGAAAGCAACAGCCAUUAGACUUGGUCUUAGAGAACAAAUACGUGAAAUACAAAAAAAUCAUGGAGCAUAUGAUGGACAAUUCGAUGAAGAUUCAUUGUCUUCUUUAUUAGCAACACCACCGUUACAAGGUUCUUCAUCUGAUAUUAUAAAAGAAGACAAGAGCUUGGGAUUGAUGUGUCAGAAGUUUGUUAUGCUUUUUCUUGUAUCUCUAAAAAAUGGUGUCAUCAAUCUGGAUAUAGCCGCUAAGGUUCUUAUAUCAGAUUCAGAUCGUACGCCGGAAGCGGGAGACACAAGUUUGAGAUCUCGUUUCAAAACAAAAGUUCGUCGACUGUACGACAUAGCAAACGUAUUGACAGCAAUUGGAUUGAUAGAAAAAGUUAGUACACGGGAUAACACAAUAAAGAAACCGGUAUUUAUUUAUACUGGGCCUAACGUCGACUACGUGGAUUUUGAUGCAGAAACUCCCAAAAACGAAGGAAAGGCACUCUCCCUUUUAGGUACCCUGACACCUGUAAGAAGUGUUACUAAGAUGUCACUUCCAAAACGCCUUUCAGAAGGUAGUAAAUUACAGACGCGUAAUAGAUUUUCCUCAAGCAGCAACAACAGCAGCUACAACGGUAGUACACCAGUAUACGAUAGAAGAGAACCUAGGAAGAGAAAGUUAUUUGGACCAGAUGAAUCUUUUAUGAGAACUAAAAGUUCUCCAUGUUUAGACACCAAUGGACGUUCCUCGGAACGUCUCAAUGAUUCAAUUCUAAGAGUCGCUGAAAUGGAACUAAAAAAAUUGAGAUCAUCCGAGAGGACAAAGCCAAAGGUCUGUACAAAACUCUUUCCUAGGCACAAUUCGGAUUCCUGUAUAUCUGCCACACAAAUCAUUCCCAACAUACAGAACUAUUCAAAUGGUUCCACAUCCAGUUUGAACUCUCUGCUGUAUGACCAGUCUGGUUCAAAGGUUCAGUCAAAUUCUACCGCUCUGGUAUUACUAUCAAGCAAAGAGAAUUUACAUGAAAACAAUCAACACUAUAUUGUCACAACGGAAACAAUGAAAAGUGCUGCAAAUGUUGAGAUAUCACCUAGACCAGACUCUUCUCAAGUGCGUACAAUACAUCCGCAAAGAGAAGCUGAAGGAUCGAAAACAAAACCUGCAAUGCUGAAGAUUCUGGAUUACAAUAUUGUUUCACAGGUAAAAGACGCAACAAAUGUAUCCUACAAGUCUCCAGUGACAGACGUUUCAACGACCACGUCAAAUAUCAAGAAAAUCGUGAAAAGAAGACCGUACAAUGUACGAUCUAACGUGAACUCUUUAAAAUUAGUGAAUUUGGCAAAUUUUGAUGCCAAGAAGUUAGUGCCUAUUAAACCAAGUGAUUUAAGAAUUUCAGUGACAACAGUGUCGACACCGACGUCGACUGUGAUAACACCAUCACCAUUGCCAACGGUUAUUUUUGAGAGUCCUAACAUUGGCAAUGCUAGUUUUUCUAUUCUUACUGGAAUUCCUGCACAAGUGUUAUCUCCUGGUGAUACCUUUAAGGCUGUUAAAGUAGGUAACACUGUACAACUAGUCCAAGUGUACGAUGACUCCAGUAAGGCUACUAAUCAUGGAAAUAUCACUAUGGACUCCAGUUAACAUUGGUGAAUUCAUUCGUAGAAUUUAAUGAAGUUACUGGUUAAUGAAUUAUAAUUACAAUCAGAUUAUGCAUUUUUUAAAGAUAAUUGCUAGCUCUAAAGCACAGCAGUGUGAUAUAAUAGAUUGUUAUUAUCUGUCACAGAUGUAUAUGUUUAUUUUAUCAAGAGGAAUCUGAAAGGUUUGAAAGAAAUAAGGAGUAAAGGUUACUCUGAGAGUUGGCCAAACUGUUAUGUAACUUUAAGUAUUUAUUAAUGUUAUAUUUGUCAUUGUUGAGAAUGUGUAAUAUACGAUAUGAACUUCACGAUCUA